UAGGUGUGUCAACUUUUGACUGGUACUGUAUGCCGACUGUUAAACAACAGUACACAGCAUCCUCGAUCGCUUCCCAUGCCUUCAGAUGAAACCCAAUUGGUAUGCUUGGACUGUUUUACUGUACGUUCGACCUAGCAUACCAGUUCAACAGUACGCUAUGCUAUGUGGGUCUAAGAGAAUGGUAAACAAGCCGGGCAAAUAGAGGGGUCUGAAAUGUGGGCGUCCAGUUGACAGUACACUGCUCUGUCUUUUCAAGACUACUCGAUGAGGAACUCUGUUCUUUCAUUUGAAUCGGGCCUCAAGUUAAUGUUCUCGACUAGGGUCAAGCACAAUGUGUGACGUAUGCUCGAAUGAUGUUCAAAUUAGAACGGGUUUAUUACUGUCUGGAUGACCAAGCAUGCAACUAAAGAAAGAGUCAACUUCGAGCAUAGGGUGACGAAUAAUGCAUAUAUUUUAGAUGCAGCAGCAUUUCGCGAUAUAGACAAGACACCUGUUUAUUGUGAGAACACUCGCUUUAGUUGUGUUUCGACUCUAUCGCUGGGGAACUGUCUUGUCACGCUGAGAACGACAUUUUAUUUUAUUUCUGGGUUUCGAUAUUAACGUGCAUGCACACUGGUGCAAACAUGGAGAAUGAUUGCGAUAUUAACGAUCAAAAGCAAGACGUCAAGAAGACCGGGUUUUGUUUUGAAAGGACAUGUUCGGCAUUAACUGUGGAUGAUGUAUACGAAAUGGCUAAAUUGAUUGGCUCAGAAGUGGAAAAACUUAUUGACAGCUACGGUAAAGAGAGCGCCACAGUACUGCUGCCUAAAAUAGUCAAAGUUCUAGAGCUUUUGGAGAGCUUCGCCUCGCGGAACAAUGCACACAAGUCAAAAGAAGAAGAAUUACUCAAAGCAUUUGAAACGCUACAUGUACAGAAACAGAAGAAGACGAGAUCUGUGAAAGAAUACGACGAAAGCAGAAAGAUUGAAAUACAGCGGGAGGUGCAGCAGCAGGAGGAGGCAGAGAAGCAGAGGAGCAGGUGCGAGGAGCUGCAGGCCCAGGUGUUACAUCUACAGACUGAGAUUCAGGAGUUACAGAGCUGCCUGAGGGGCAACCAUGCCCAGGAAGACCGUGAACAACGGCAGGAGCGGGAGGUGAUGCUUAAACUGAAGGAAGUGGUUGACAAGCAGAGAGAUGAGCUGAGGGCCAAAGUACAGCAGAUAGCCAGCAUGUCUAAAGAGGUGGAGGCGCUGCAGGAGCAGUUGGAGCGCUUCAUGAAGAUGAAUGGGGAGCUGAGACACAAGCAGAGCAUCGUCACGGCCCAGGUGAAGAAUGCUGUGGAGAGGAAGGCUGACAUGGAGGCAGACCUCAGAGAGAAACAGAAAGAGAUAGAAUGCCUCACCACCCAGCUGGAAAAGGCCAACGCUGCUGUGGGCACGGCCAGUCCAUGUAGGACAGAGUGGGACCUGACAGGCAAGCUGGUGAUAGACCUUAAGGACCCCAACAGACCCUGUUUCACCAAGCAGGAGGUCAGAGAGAUGCUGACAGAGAGGAACGAGCUCAAAGCCAACCUGUUCCUGGUGCAGGAGGAACUCUCCUACUACCAGAGGGAGAUCCUGAAUGAUGAGCGGUGUCCAGGAUUCUUGCUGGAGGCAGUACGUUCUGCCAUAAAGAAACAGAAAACUGUCAUCAAGGCCAAGAUGCUGGGCAUGCCAGAAGACGAAUGCAGCAGUGAUGAGGAGAAAGGCCCCCUGUUUAAGAGGAGAGCAGAGACAGAAACCGAGACAGACAGCACACACAGCAAACCACAUGAGUCUCGCAUCAGGAACCUCUUUGGCUUCCUGACUCGCUCCGGCAGCAACCACAGCAGCCGUAGUCCCAGUGAAAACAAGGCUGCUUCUUCCUAGGCAAUCAUCGACGACACCAAGACCACCACGGAGACAGAAACCAGACGAUCAUCAUGACAACCCUCAACACCCGUCCAACUACACUUGUCCUCCAUUCUGUUCAGUUUUCACUGAAUGUUUUAUACAGGUUAGGUCUCCAUAGCAGCCCUAAGAAAGGAAGAGCAUUCUCUCAUGCCUUCCCUGUUUCUUUUUUACUACCUCCUCGUCCUUGCUCUAUAUACCUUUCUCUCCCUCUGUUUCUCCCUCUUUUUCUCUCAGGAAGAGGUUCAGAAUGGUGAAAUGGCCAACUGUACACUUUGCAUUGACAAUAACCAUGCAGGACAUUAUUAACAGGAAAAUCUCUGUUGAAUCUCUGAAGCAAAUUUGUAUUGCAAUAUUUUAAUAAAGAUUUGAAGAUGUA